GCGAGGGCGUAAGUGUAUUUGCCCUAGUCAAAAUCUUGCCGACAGCCAAAGCGAAUCUACUGAUGAAGAGGCUGUUUAUUUGGCACAGGCUGCUGCAGCUUCCAGAGGGAGCAUUUAUUGGCCUUCCAGUGGUGGCACAAGCGGCACAUACCUCUCUAAGACUGAUCGUUUCCGGCGUCGGCGUAUCGGCCGACUUGGUUUGUCUACUGGUAUACAACCCGAGGUUUCAAGUAGUGGUAUCGGUACCUUGAGUCGAAGUUUUAUCCCUAGCUCUUGUGCUAACUCAUGUGUUGGAAGUGAUGCUAAUGCAGUGCCGAUGGAAUCAUGCAGCCCUGAAGAUGACAGAGCAUCUUGGCUUGGCUUGACGCAUCGUAGUCUCGGUCACGCAGACUCGGCCGUUGCAGACGCUGAGGGCGAGGACACAGUCAUCCCUGUCUGUCGUACCGGGUCGAGACAUUUACAAGCUCACCGCCAAAGACGCAGACGAGGCCGAGGAAGGGGUCGAGGAGCAAGCGGGCGGCCAAGGUAUCAUGUCUCCGCUGGUAAUACUUUACGGGAACCAGCUUACAGAGUGGUCGGACUGACACAGGAGGAGCAAGUCGAAUUCGAGGAUGAGCAGGUUGACGAGGAGGAGAUAGAAGAUGAAUUAGGCGUUGAA